ACCUAAGCGAUCUCUUCGCUGUUGUUUCUGUUUCUUUGAAGUGCGCCCAUUGAUGCUUACAUUUACUUCAUGAAUAAUACCGUCUCUACCUUUCUUCGUCUAUCCGCUGCAUUUUAAUAAUGGCUAGACAGAGCCGUCACGGACGCUUUGACGUCUGGGUUGAGAUUGACGGUAGAAGGGCAGAGCAAUACGGGGACGGCGUGAAUGGGCGAACAUCAACUUGCUUUAUCAUUAGUAGAAAUGAAGCUGAACUGGCUGUAUAUGUACAGGAGUUCAAGAGUACGGCGAUAGCAUCCGCACGCGCAGACGUAUACAUGGAUGGCAAACAUAUCGGAAAAUCAGUGCUGUCUCCAUCUGGCCGUCCGGCUUGGUUUCCGGGCUCAUGGCUGGAUAACUUUACUUUGAAGCCAUUUGUGUUCACAAUGGCGGAGAAAGGUUCUUCCGUAGGCCGUACAUCAGCAAUAAAGGAUGCUGGGAGAAUCGUAGUCCAUAUUAGUGCUAUCGUUCCCAUUUCAAAGUUACACGAGGACAUCGAUGGGUCUCCCCCACAGCUGCAGGCCUGGACCCCUCUACCCGCUACGGAUGACAUUUUUGGUCUGGAAACUCAUCGUAUUGUGCUAGCAGAUACAGUUAAGCGGGCGAAGUAUGAACCUCAGCAUGAUAUUUUCGACGGUGAAUUCGAGACUCGGCCCUUCGACGAAAGUGAUCCCGAACCCAUCGCCACAUUCGAAUUCAUCUAUGGACCGGAAGAGUUCGUCAUGCAUCAUUGCGAAGAUGAACCUUCCUCCACUCCUGCUUUGCAUGCGGGACCUUGUGAGCGCCCAAAGGCAAAUCACUCCGCUGCACGGUACCCAGAUGUUAGAGCCUCGAACAAAUUUUCUAACUUCGCACCAGUUUCCGAUAUGCCUUCAUCAUCUAAGCAUAGCAAGAUAAAGUGCACAAGGUGCGCUGACGCAGGCCAAGCGUGCAUACCGAACGGCGGUCCUUCAAACACCUGCCAACGCUGCAGAAGGUUAAGGAAAGGUUGCAAUCUACCUAUGAUGCUCCAGCUCUCAGCAAAGAAGCGCAAUCAAUUGGACCAGUCGGAUGAUGGAGAGAGCGAAUACGUACCUCAAUUACGCCACAAGAUCAUUAGGACUUACAGACGGAACAGCGAGAAUAAUGCUAGUCAGCCAAGUGAGCAGAAAGCCACAGUAAUCGCACCUUCAGAAGUCACUUCAACGGAAUCAACGCAGUCGUUUGAAAUCGUGGAUAAAGACGUUGACAUGUUUGAAAACAACUACACCCGCGGCUUUUCUCCUGAACUGGAACCUGACUACGGACGAGCUCCCAGCCGUGCUCAGCUUGCACGAGUUCAAUCGGAAUCCCUCUGUGGCGAAGAACUUGUCCAGGAGGCUCCCGGGAGGGAUAGAGACCAAACCUUCAAUACCCAUGAAGGGCAAGGCGCUGAGAUCAAGCAUAAAGCGCAAGCUGGAGCAUUUACUUCUCAGGUUGGUGGUGCAAUGGACGUGGAUCCAGCAGCAGACACUGCUCCAGGCCUUGCACAGACAGAUACAUCGAACACCUCCGACACGUUUCACAGAAAUCAAAUCCUUCAAACAGUUCGUUCUCUCUCAGACAAGCUCAUGGAACACGUUGAAGGAAGUGCUAUAGAUGUAAACGAUCCAUUCGCAGAAACUACUUUGCAGUUUGUUUCUCAAUGUGACAGUUAUUUCAGGCAACUUCAGGCUAUUAAUCUACAGAAUAAGAUGGCAAGAAAAAAUGGACUUUGA